UUUUUUUUGUUAUGUCAGUCUUUUUUUGAUCAUGUGUUACACCAGUGGCUUUUUUUUAUUUUAUAUAUACACUCUCCCUUCUUCUCUCUCUCUCUCUCCCCCCUAUUUUAGAUUCCACGCUCCCCCCAGAAAAAAAGAAAUUCAACCUUUAAAAAGGGCUGAGCUUUUGUACAAAUCCUAUUUGUGUCAUCUUUUUUCUUUUUUUUUCCCUUUUCCCUUUUAUAAUAUUUUCAAUAUUAUAGUACACCUUUUUUUUUUCUUUCUUUCUUUUCUUUCUUUCUUUUAUUACUUUAACAUAUAUUCUUGUUUAUAUAUAUAUUUAUAUGAACUAACUGAUAACUAUUCUUAUAUAUACAUUAUCUCCCUCUCUCUUAAACAUAACAUAACAUUUAUUCCCUUUUUUUUCACAUUUCUCCUUUUUUUUUUUUGACAUCUUUGCCCACUUGAUUUCAAUUGAUACAUCAGAAUACAGAAUAUCAAUACUAUUUAUUCAACAAACCAACAACCAUUAUGACUGCUGAAGGAAAAGUAAGUUUAUUUUAUUAAACUGCGCAUUUUUAGU